UACACUCUCUCUCCACUUUUGUCUCUUGUGUCCAUCGUCUACCUUUUUCUCCCCCUCUGAUGUACAUUGCGAUUUACAUCUCAGAAACCCUAGAUUUCGAAAUCUAGGGUGUGUUCUGUGUUGUCUCUUCUCUUUACAAUAGACUGUAAUAGUAUGAGCAGCUGCACCUGUUGCCUCAUAUCUUAGCCCUGUUCUUGUUGCACUACACAUUUCGUGAAAUCAAAUCUGCAUUUAUAUUGAGCUCAGAGCUCAAGAUUUGGUUUCUUCUUGUAGAAUUCAAUAUAGAUCCUUGAUAUUAUCCCUAAGGUUUCUUGAAUUUUGUUGUGGGUUUAUCAAAAACCCCAACUUGAUUCUUGGGUUCUGUUUUAAAACCCUAAAAAGUUCCCGACUUUGAUUAGGACUCUAAUCCUUAGAACCCAGAUUCAUAAAUCUAGAAAUUAGGGUUUUUAAAUGCAUGGAAGGUCGAGAAGCUAUGCCAUUCCCUCAUCCUUUCUACUUCCCAAGAGGAGCCUUUACUUCUCAGUCCGCGAGUGCCAUCCACGCGCUGCCGGGCUUCAGGCCAAUGACUAACCCUAAUCUCCAGCAGCAGCACCCUCUUCCUAACUCCGGCCAUCCAUUUCCCUUGGGCGAGCAGAGACACCAUCAGGAUUUCAGCCAUGGGAUUCAUAUGGGUAUGGCUGCUGCUUCUUCUUCGUCUCCGGCUAUGCAACAACAGCCGCCGAUUCCUCCCACUCCUCACCCCUCGGUAGCUGCUGCGGAGGAGCCGAUAAUGGUUAAGAAGAAGCGAGGACGGCCGAGGAAGUAUGUUCCAGAGAAUGAAGGGUGUGAUCUUGAACUCUCUCCUAUGCAGAAGCCUAAGAUCUCUUCAUCAAUGUCUGAUCCUAACGCUCCCAAACGAGCUAGAGGUAGACCACCCGGAACUGGGAGAAAACAGCGUCUUGCAAAUCUCGGUGAGUGGAUGAACACUUCAGCUGGAUUUGCUUUUGCGACGCACGUGAUCAGUGUUGAAGCCGGAGAGGACAUUGUUUCAAAAGUCCUUUCGUUUUCACAACAGAGGCCAAGAGCCCUUUGUAUUAUGUCUGGAACCGGAGUGGCUUCUGCACUGACGCUACGCCAAACUGGAUCAUCAGCGCCUACUCUGUCUUUUCAGGCGCAUUUUGAUAUACUAAGUUUACAAGGAUGUUACUUGGUUAAUGAAGAAGGUGGGUCUAAAUCAAGAACUGGAGGUAUUAGUGUCUCUCUCUCCCGCCACGAUGGUUUUCUGAUUGGUGGCACGGUUGGAACGCUUAUUGCAGCCAGUCUCGUUCAGGUGGUGGCAUGUAGUUUUGUAUACGGAAGUGCAAAGGCUAAAGUAAUAAAGCAAGAAAACGGGUCAAAGGAAGACACCACCACCACCAAAAAGGACAACAACCUGGAGACGCCGGCCAGUGAACAGCCUUCGUCGCCACGAGCAUCAGAAUCAGCAGCAGAGGCGGCUCAGACGCCACUGGACUACUCUUCACCAGGGUGGGCAGGAUCUGGUGGUGGCAGCAGAACAACCGACUCAAGAAACAAUAACCACCUCACUGAUAUUGACUUGACAAGAGGAUGAUUCAGUCAGUACUUAUUAGAACAUUUGCAGCAUCAUACCGAGAUCGUUUGGUGCUGUACAUAAACUGUUGUUGUAGAUUUCCUUUUCGUUCUUUUAGAUUUUCAUGGGAGUACCAUGUUACUAGAGAGAUUCCAGGAUUAUCCAUCGAUCCAAUGCACUGGGCGUAAAAGUCAAAAUGUACUUGUCUUGUUGUUGUUUGGAUAUUGUUUUUAGAGUUGAUUACAUAGAAGAGCACAUUUUGUCUUUCUUUUACACUAAGAA